AUGUCCAUAUUCACUGAAGGACUGAAGGAGCAGAAUCCUCCAGAGCCAGGGAGCAGGAAUGAGAGUCGCGGCCGACCCACAGAGCGAACAGAACAAGUGGGUGGCGGGUGUCUGCGCGGAAAGCACAGGCCGGGAACGGGACUCCAGCGAGCCAUAAGUCCCGCGCCAGCAGUGGUCCGGCCAAGUCGUCUCCCCGCAAUCGCUCCUGUGAACUGGACCCGUCUUGGGUUCCGACGCGCGCCACCUCACCGUAAGCCCUCUUCACGAAACGCUACGCUCCUUUUUGGGUCUUCGGAGAGGGGGUCAAACACACCGCGUGAGCCAGGAACAAUGGUGGUCGGAGGAACUUACGGGCUGUUCCUGGUGGGACUCGUGCUCUCUCGCGCGCUGGCGUUGCCCUACCCUCCUGUCAGUUCGACUGAGAGCGCGGACUAUGCUGGUGACGAGGCAGUCGAUAUUUUUCUCCGUCAGACCAGGAAACACGCCAGGCCCAUGUUCUACAUUAACUGCGGCUAUCGCGACCUGUGCUACUGCUACAGCAAAGUCACAAGGCACCACUACUGCUGUUCCUGUGACGUGGGCGCCUGCUUCCCCGCCUACGCCCGCGUAUCUACUCCCGGAGGCGCCCACACCACCAUGGAUCGCCUCAGGACCGGAGAUAAGGUGUUGGCUGUUGACGAGUCAGGCCAUGUAGUGACGUCAACGAUCCUGGGGUUCAUGGACAGGCGACCAAAGGAAACAGCCCUCUACGUUACUCUACGCACGUCCAUUGGACGGAAUCUCACACUUUCGCCCAACCACGUACUUUUCAAGAGCUCGCCGAAUUCAAGCCAGCCAAUCAGCGUGUUUGGAUCAGAUAUCAACAUCGGUGACGUCAUUUAUUCUGCCAAUGAAACGGGACUUCAACGAACAGAGGUUGUGGGGAUUGACCACGACGUUACUAUAGGGGCGUACGUGCCUUUGACGAAGGAGGGGACGCUGGUGGUGGAUGGCACCUUCGUCUCCUGCUACGCCUCCUACCGGCACUCCCUCGCCCACGUCUUCAUGGCACCCGUCCGCUCCUUCCCACUCCUUUUGCGACCUCGCCCCGGCUUGCUCUUCUCCGUGGCUUCCUUCGCCAGGGACUCCGCCGUCGACGCGAUGGGCAGCUUCCUCGACCUCCUAGACGCGCUUUCGGGAACCAGCAAGGGCGCGAACCUCCUAGGCUUCCCAUCUUGGUCGUCGUCAGGAGCCACUUUGAAGCAGAACAGAAGCCUCGAAGGACUUCUCGUGGAAGAGGGAGAAGGGGAGUCGUACUACGUGAGCCUGGUGAAGCUGGUCGGCUGGACGGCCUUCCGCGGCGAGAGGGCUCCCGAGCAAGUCUUGCAGGUGAACCCACAGCCUAAAGGCGGUCUGCUGCAGGCCCUGAAGAUUCGAUCCAUGUUUUCCAGCCUCCCGUCGCUCUUAGGGGCCCUGGCCAAGUCCUGGUAACAGGCAGAGGUUCCUCGGAGGGUUCUUCCCAUAAGAUGUCUACAACGUUUGCUCGCGAAAUAUAAGUUUUCUAUGACAACAUAAACACUGUAAACUCUUGCAACACAUACACACACACACACAAACACAUAUUUAUUCACACAUCUAAGUACAUAAGAUACUUUGCAUUUGCGUAACCAAAGCAAGUCCCGAAUAUAAAGGCCAUGAUUUGUUUUAUUCAAAAUCCGGAGCACUGAUGAGAAACAGGCUUCAGCUGAAAAAAAAUGAAUAAAAGAAACUGCAGGGUGUGGCCUCAGAAUGACCGUACUAUGGAUAAGUACACGAAAUGUAUGUGCUGUUGUGUGUGUACGCUUUUCAUGUGCAACGACAUUGCAUACUCCAGUAACCCUUCAUUGUCUAUGUACACCAACUACACCCAUAUACUGCAUCUGGUCAUUGUAAACAGGCACCAGUCAUUCGAGUGUGUUUUCGAGUGUAUGACAUAUUUCACUCUGUAUUUCACUACAUAUACCUUCCGAUUCAUAUUAUUGCACAUGCUAGUAAUGACACAAUCCUUCCCACUUUGACCUUGAUAUUUUGUAACUGUGUCUACUAAUGUGCACUGUCCAUCUUGAGUAUUAAAUAACGUAAUUCACAUCCAAAUAUGGGGAUGAAAUAUGUGUAUUGUCACGCAGAAGAAAACCAUUGAUAACAGAGCACACUGUGGGAAAAUGAUAAAGACUGGGAGAAGCGAAUAAAAAAAUAUACAUGUAUACAAGGUACAAUUUAAUGGAGAAGGUGAGAAAAGUUCUCAGACUGAAGAUGAACAUUAGUGUUCAAUAAAGCAUUCCUGUAUAUGGAUUAUAA